AUGGCUGCAACCACCGCCGGUUUCCUUCAAUACCAUGAGCCAGGUAUCAUAAGUCUCUUGACAUUGAUAUCUUUCUUCUUCUUUCUUUCAUCUGUGGGAUGGGUCUUCAACAAAGCCAUCCGUGCGGGCCUCAUCGGCCAGAUCCUGAUCGGAAUCGUGUACGGUACACCCGUAGGCGAUAUCUUGGAUACGGCGUGGCAGGAGACCUUCAUGGCUUUGGGCUAUGUUGGACUGAUUCUCAUAAUCUUUGAAGGAGGCCUGACAAUCAGGCUCGAUCUCCUGAAGGCCAAUUUCAUACUCAGUAUCAUCGCUGCAGCCAUAGGAAUAACUGCGCCAAUAGCUUUGUGCUACUUGCUCCUCUAUCUGGGGUUCAAGUAUGGAGCCUUGGAGACGUUCAUAAUCGGUGCUGCUUUGUCCACGACGUCGAUUGGUACCACUUUCGUGGUCAUCAGCAGCUCGACCCGCGUAGACUUCACGCAUACCAAAGUCGGCACCGUUCUGAUCUCUGCCGCGCUCUUCGACGAUGUUGUUGGCUUAAUCAUGGUCAGCGUUAUAUCAAACCUUGGGGGCAUUGGCGAAGGCGGAGGUGGAAACAUCGGCUGGAUUGUAGGCAGACCAAUCCUGGCGAGCUUCGCCAUUGCAGCUGUCUCGCCUUUGAUGGCCAAGUUCGCUGCCGGUCCACUAUACCGGCGCUUUGCAGAGCGACAUGUAGCCUCCCUAGGGCAUCGAGCCACGAUCUGUAUCAUGACGCUGGUCUUAUCAGCCCAUCUAGUUGUCUGCGCCUACGCUGGUGCUUCUCUCCUGUUUGGGGCUUUCUUAGCGGGCACGUUCCUAAGUACACUACCAGAAAAGCUCCCUGGAGCUCUCCAAAGUGAGGAUGUCGGGUCAGUGGAGUCCCCUGCUUUCCAUAAGACAUUCGAGACUUUCAUAUCAGGUCCACAAGCCUUCAUCCUGGAGCCGCUCUUCUUUGCGAGCAUCGGCUUUGCCAUACCCUUCAAGAGAUUAUGGACUGGUACUGUUGUAUGGCGGGGCAUCGUGCUUUCCCUGUUGAUGACAAUUGGAAAGGCUAUCGUUGGUCUCUCCGUCCCACUGUGGGAUCAUGUCUAUCAGAGAUCUUCAAUUCCGCAGCGCAAGAAGUUCUCAAGCGACUGGGCUCCAGCAACACUGUUGGGAAUGGCGAUGGUGGCCAGGGGCGAGAUUGGGUUGCUAAUCAUUCAACUCGGGCUGAAUGAUACCUCGUUCUUGUCCGAGGAGGCAUUUCUUGUCGCCAUUUGGGCUAUCGUCCUGAACACUAUCCUCGGUCCCCUCUCUGUUGGCUUGCUGCUCAACAAAUUUGAAGAGACUAUUGCAAACGACCCCCGGUGGGGCGUCCAGAAGCAAGGGGCGGAAGAUGGUAGCUCCCCAGAUCUACCACACAGCUCAGCGCCACAGGUUGCACCAACCGAAGACCGUCGUUGA